AAAUAUAUUCAAAAUUUUGUUAAUAUACAAGAAACCUUACAUGAAAAAUGUAGUUCAAAAUAUAUAAGAUUGAUAUCGGAACAAACUUCUGAUGAAUCUACAAGUAAAUCUAUAAAAAAUGGUAAAUGUGUAAAUAAACGGAACAAUAAAAAUGAAGACAAUCAUGAAUUACAAUCAAAAUCACGAUUUAUAAAAGGAACUGAAUUAGAUGUUACUUCAUAUAAUAAAUCAAAACAUACGCAACAAAAUAAUUUAGGAGAUUCAUUGAAAAGAAGAAAAAAUAACAUUACAAAUAUAUCUUCUAAAAAGAAUGAAACAUAUUUAUUCGAUGAAAAUAAAAAUGAAUACAAAUUAAGAAAUCCUUUACGUCUUAUUAAUGAAAGAUAUGCUGAUAGUAUAGUAGAUACUAUGGAUCUUAAUGAUAAGACAAAAGAUAAAUUUAAAAAAUUCUUACAUUUAUAUAUGGCGAAGGAAAAUCCAGAUAAACAACGUAAGUUAUAUGAACAAAUUGAAAGUGAUAUGGAAAAAUACAAAAAAAAUCAUGUUAUAUGUAGCAUCGUUGAUUUUGAAAAAAAAUAUAUAUGA